UACUCUCAAAACCCUAGUUCUUCCACAACCAAACACAGCGAAAUGGCUCCGAAGCAGCCAAGUACGGGUCUUUUUGUUGGAUUGAACAAAGGACACGUUGUUACCAAGAAGGAGUUGCCUCCACGCCCCUCCGAUCGCAAGGGGAAAACAAGCAAGCGGGUGCACUUUGUAAGGAACCUCAUUCGUGAGGUUGCUGGUUUUGCACCUUAUGAGAAGCGUAUCACUGAGUUGCUUAAGGUUGGAAAAGAUAAGAGGGCUCUGAAAGUUGCCAAGAGAAAGCUCGGAACACAUAAACGCGCAAAGAAGAAGCGUGAGGAGAUGUCCAAUGUUCUCCGAAAGAUGAGGUUGUCUGGUGGAGCUGGUGAUAAGAAGAAGUAAGUUAUAUUUAUUUCAAUCCAGUUUCACAGGGUGGAUCAAUGUUUUGAAGGAAAAGCUGUCUUAGUUUUGUCUGGUUCAAUUAUUUAUUGUACUUUUACUUCCAGAAAUUGUCUUGUUUUGAGUAUCUGAUUUAUGCAAAGUACCAUGGUUUUAUGUUGUGUUUUAUUAGAAACGAGUUAACACCUUUUGCCCCUUUUACAAAACAUAUCCUUGUUCUGUAUUUUUAUGCAAACCUUCGAAUGUUAUGUGCAAUAGUGCAACACAAAAAUACACAGUUGUGUACAACUAUUUAUUUUGGUAGGUUUCUUGUUUUUUAUCUGGCUUUAGUUUGAGAUUAAUGUGAUGUUAAUGUUGAUGUUUUACUGA